AUGAUACUUCAUGGUAAAGACAAAGCUCUAGAGCAAAUUCCCAAAUCUUCAAUUGCUUUUAUUGGUAAAAUAUCAAAUGUUCAACGUGGUAUUUCAUCGGUGACAAUGCCACCUAGAGAUCAUUAUAAAUUACAAUUUGAUCGUAGAGAUUUACGAACAUUACGCGGCCGUGUUUAUGAUACAAUGAUUGAUUUUGAUUAUUCUCAAAUUGGAGAAGGUAUCCUCCCAGCAACAAAUGAUAUUUUUCGUGGUAUCCGAAAAGCUCAAAUUCAAAUACCAACUGCGGGUCAUACUUAUGUUGCAUGUCUGAAUGAUAAUACAAAACAAAUCAAUUACUUAAUCGAAGUCAAUCGGUUUGAAGCGGACGACAUAAUUAAACGUUUGAGUGUCACGCCAACUGCAAAUUUGAAAAAAUAA